AUGGGUGCCAGCCAAUCAACGCAGAAAGUCUCCAAGGCCAAGCUUAACGAGAAACACCACUAUCAGCAUGCCUCCGAUGAGGCCAUCGCGGCAGCAAUAUUGCCGCUCUCUAUCAGUCCGAGCGCUCAGGGGCCAGUCUCCAGUGAUGGCUCCAUUUCCCUCGAAAACCUUGAGAACUGGGAGGAUGAGGCCUCUAAGGCACGUGAUCAAAGGCUCCAGCUUUCACGCACGAUCCUGAAUCAUACGGACUUCAAGACUGCACUGCUCUCCCGGAAGACCAAAAUUGCGAAUUUGCACAUCUUUAACACGAGGUUGGAUUUCCACGGGAACACCAAAGUCACAGACCAGAAGUCGAGCGGGAGGUGUUGGCUUUUUGCAACCACUAAUGUCAUUCGCUACAAUAUUGCUAAGUCCUUGGGACUCGAAGAUUUCCAGCUCUCUCAAUCGUAUCUGUUCCUCUAUGAUAAGCUGAAUAAAGCAAACUAUUAUCUCGAGCUCAGCAUUCAACACGUGGACCUUCCUCUUGAUGACAGACUUAUCGUUCAUUUAGCUGAUGAUCCCGUUGGAGACGGCGGUCAAUGGGAUAUGGCUGUUAAUCUGCUUGAGAACUACGGCCUUGUUCCUCAGGCUAUUUUCCCGGAAUCCUACUCAUCUUCGGCUUCCAAGCGACUCGACCAGCUGAUCACUACCAAGUUGCGUGAGCACGCGCUCCUCCUUCGGAAGAGGUUUGCAGAAUUGGAAGGGAGCCUUGGAGUGUUGGAUGCGCCAACUCGUCAACAAAGGAUCCAAGAAGAUCUCCGCCAGCGGAAGGAGCAAUAUAUCGGGGAGGUCUACAAGAUUUUAACUGUCACUCUUGGUGAACCCCCUAAACCGAAUGACAGGUUUGAUUGGGAGUACUAUACUGCUCACGGCGAUUACAAGUCUUGGACCGGAACGCCGCUUGAAUUUUACAAGACUUUCAGCAACAAGCGGUAUCCUCAUCACGAAGCAUUCUCUUUAAUUAACGAUCCCCGUAAUGAGUAUGGUAAACUCUACACGGUUGACAAGCUUGGAAAUGUCUGGAAUGGACGACCAAUUCGAUAUGUGAACACCUCAUCUCAAAGACUCAGGGAGGCUGUUGUCAAGACUAUCAAAGCGGGUCAACCAGUCUUCUUCGGCUGCGACGUCGGCCAAUCUUCGGACCAGGCCAGCGGUGUGAUGGCCACUGGUCUCUAUGAUAUCGAGAACGCCUUUGGCGUUACCUUGGGACUUGACAAGGCUGAUCGUCUCCGCACUGGCGAGUCCGCCAUGACUCAUGCCAUGACAAUUACUGCCGUCCACUUGGACGACAAGGGGACCCCAGUCCGAUUCAAAGUGGAAAACUCUUGGGGAGAGACAGCUGGUGAGCACGGUUACUUUGUCAUGACCACUGAAUGGUUCGAUGAAUACGUCUACCAAGUGGUUGUGCCGAAGCAGCUUGCACCCGGAGACCUGAUCAAGGUAUUGGAUCAGGAACCAAUUGUACUGCCUCCCUGGGAUCCCCUCGGAGCUUUGGCCUGAGACACGUAGUACAAGUGUUAUAUUCUUGUUGGUGCAUAUGUUGAUUAUGCCAUGGGUGACGUUGCAACGGUUUAUUUUGCCGUUGUAGUUUGUGGAAAACAAGAGCGCCCGGAAACCGCCAAUCCGCAAUGUGCGUGCUUCACCCACUUAUUUCGUUUUGUUAUGUUGCGAGAGUUACAUAAUUAAAUUCAUACCUUUGUCUCACAACGCAAGAAAAUACGAUCAAG